AUGGAUAAGCCACGAAAACAACGCUCUUACGCACCACUCACUCUCGAGGGGGCUGUAUCCAAGCUUUUGAACACAGUCGAAAACAUCAAAUCACGAAAUUACAUUAAACCUCACGAGAAAAAGCUUAUCCAAUAUGCCUUUUCUUUGAUCGGCCAGCCCCGGAAGGAACCGAAAUCGAAAGCCGACAAAAGACGGGAGGAUUACCGAUACUUCCUGAAGCAGGUUGACACUGAGUGUGGACCCGUAUCAGUAUGUGUCUGUGCGCUUGGCCUCAGACAAACAGUAUUCGGGUGCAUGCUGGAAGAUCGCAGACUUCGUCUUCCAAUGAUGGUUAAGAAACAUAAGAGCGACCUUGAAAUACCAUUUCUCCGGGAGGUAGUUCCAGAUUUACGAGACAGACCAACAGGAGCGGAGCAUGAAGAGGGAACUGAUAGCCAAGACAAUACACAGGAGAUCAGAGAACAGAGUUAUUCGACAUCAACAUCAGUCAGCGAUCGUACUCCUGCUGUUUCUCCAGGGCACCUAGCCCCUGAAUCGAGGACACCUGAAUUGCAGUCUGAUCCAACAGAAAAGCCCCGUGCAAUGCAACAAGGUAAGCGAGAUCAUUCGAAGAACGGUGUAGGCUCUGAUUGA